AAAUGUUUAUGAAUGUACAACUUAUAGAAGGACUUUUAUAACACCAAGCCAGCAUCUGAAGAAGGAGAAAUAAUCUCAUCAUUUAGUGUAAUGUGAGCUGUAUAAACUGAGAAGAGGGGGGUCCAGAAUACUCCCCUAGGAACACCCUUUGGUAACUCUGACCAAGAAUUUUUUUUAAAAAAGAAAGAGUACAGUACCUUUUAUCCCGAAGAAUUCCAGUUUAGCUAGGAGGAGGAAAUGAUCGAAGGUGUCGAAUGCUUUGCUAGAGUCCAAGAGUCCAUUAGUAACAUGAAGCAAGACAGAAGUAGUGACGAAGUUGUUUAGCUGCAAUUUUUUCAAUAAUCUUUGGAACGGGUAUAACUUCAGCUUGCUUCCAUGAGUCCGGAAGAACCCCGGUCAGCAGACACUUGGUAACAAGGAAAGUAAUAUGAUCGACUAAAUGUGGAGUAGUCAAAAGAAUCAUUUUUAUAUCAAUAUUGUCUGAGCCAUGAGCGUCAGUUUUAAUACUAAUUAAAGUUUUUUUAACUUCCUCAGAGUAAACUUUAGCAAAACGGAAUGAAUUAGAAUUAGAACGAAAUUGUUUAUUAAUAUAAUUUGCCGACACAAACCCCGCAUCAAUACCACCAACAGCUCCAACAGAAGUAAAAGCAACUUUAAAACUAUGAGGAUAGCCAAAAUUGUUUUCCAACAUUAAAGUAGGAUUACUGUGCACUCGAAGUCUCCUCAAAGAACGUGUAAGGAUAAUCAAAUAAAACAACGUAGUGUUACGGGGUCUUGUCAGAUAUGACGUAAUAAUAUAAAUAUCCUAACAUACGCCAAAAUCUAUCGCACUUAUUUAAUUCAAGUAAAUACAAAACUCCAGUUCCAAAAUAAGUGAAUGUGAUGUUUUGUGUCAAUGUCAAACUUGUCUUACUGAAACACACGUUGACAUACCACUCAAAUGGAUUCUACCGACAUUGUUCAGGUUUUAUUUUCUAACAUAUUUUCGAAAUAUUGUGUUGAAUUAUCCCAAAAAGCGACAGAUUUUAAAAGAAAAAAAAUAUUUCUAUUCUCUUGUGCUUCUGAGUUUCCGGUAAAAAGCGCUUGUAGUUUAUGACGUACGUAUGAAUUGUUGCAGGGCGAUAAGCACAAGCGGAAUUCGUUACUUGUAUCAACGUUUGCCAAUAAAAUAAGUACGUACAAAAUAACCGGCCGUUUGUUAUACAGAAGUUACAACACACAACCUUUCACAUGACGCGCACACGACAGUCAAGUACAGAGACAAGAAAAUCAAAAUAUCUACGGUACUGAGAGGCAAAGAUAAAGAGACGUAAACGCAAUAUGUAUUGCAUAUUACUUAUACAAAUAAAUGUACCUAACACGCAAAGUAUUGUAUUCCAACAUAAAUAAAAUAAAUAAUUCAUAAGUUUUAAUUUUAUUAAACUCUAACAAACCUUUACUUAAAAUGGUGUUCGACAUAUAGUUUUACAUGGAUUGACUAGGAUGAAAUCAGUACGGUUUCUAAUGUUAUAGUCAUGAACAUUCUUAAAGUAAUUAACCCUACUAUCAAUGUAUAGCGGAAUCAUUUUAUUUUUUAUCUUAAACAUUUUGUGAGAACUUCUCAUUAUAUAAUCACAAUGUGCAUCAGAAUUUAAUUGUGAAUCUAAUACAAUUCCCAAAUAUUUUAGAUGUUUCUCAUACUGCAAAUUAACGCCAUUUAUAUUAAUAUUAACACUCUCCAGAUCCAAACCUCUAAAUCUGUGUUUUUUGCCAUACAAACAGAACUUCGACUUCAUGACAUUAAUGCUAAGAUUAUUAUUGCAAAGCCAUACAAAUACUCGAUACAUGUCAUCAUUGAUAUCUCGCUGCAUUUCUUCGAUAUUCUUACUAACGACCCCUAUCGUCGGCAAAUAAUGUAAUUUUGCUGUUUUUCACAACUUGAGCUAGAUCAUUAAUAUACAGAAGAAACAAUAAUGGCCCCAAAACGGUCCCCUGUGGUACCUCAUGAUCCACCAAGAUAGACUCAUACUUUUCCUUUUGGUGUUCUGCCAGAUAAGGAAGAUUUUAGCCAAUCUAGGGCUAAGUGCUAAGACCACCAAAGAUGACUCCCAUUUCUCUGCGUUAGUUUUUGACUGUAUCCCCGUAUUCCAAAGGCAUAUCAAUACUUUACCAUAAUUAAACACUUUCAACAAAAAAUUGUAAUUCUUGUCGAGAGCUUCUUCUGCAUUUUUAAUCUUACCGACUUUACAAUUAAUAAUGAAUACAAGCAAAGCCACCUAAGUAUUAUUUUGUUUUUAUAAAAAUCUAUUUACUUAUCUGGUUUUUUCCUUCCUCCGAGCUUAUUUUUUAACGGAGUUUGCAAAUUUUGGUGUCAAAAUGUUGCAAAAAAAGUACCGGUUUUUGUUCCCACUAGGGUGCUAUUUGAAAAAACUAGAUUAUCCUAAAAAAUUCAUAGUUCAUUGCCAUUAGACAAGUGAAGAGAAGUUUAGUUUACAAUUUUUCCAAUGAUCGGAUGACCCGGUAAAUAGUAUUUAUGAUGGAUCCUAGACACAAUUUUCAAAAAUUAAAAAAACAAAAAAAAGGGGAAAAGGGGAAAAUGAUCUCCUGAAUCCAAAAAUGCAAAAAAAUAUAGGAUGGGCCGUUUAAAAUUAGAAAGUUACUGUCGUUUCCGCUCAAACCGACCAUUUACUACAUAUUGUCAAAAAAUUGGACAUUCAGCCUAUAUUAACCCUUUCAAAUUUCAAAUCACUAUCUCAAGCCGUUUAAAAGUUAUAGAGUGUUCCCGCUUUCUUGUGUCACCCGGUAUAUAGUACCGGUAAAAUUCCGUACGCCCGCCACUGGUGAAUUUAAAAAAAAAAUGUGAUAGAUAUAAGAAUGUGACCAAUUGCUUUUGAAUAGGAUUAUCCAAGGGCGGUCAUUAACAUACAAUGCAACAACAUUAUUCCCUAAAGUUUCGGAAUUUAAAUUCAGGUAAAAUUGUGGUCCGUAAUAGAAAAUAAUGUUAUACCUACCUAUGUUUAAUAUUCUUUGAUUUGAUAUACUACUUAGUUUAAGUUUAUUAGUAAUCAUUCUUAUUUCGUGUGUUGAAUCGUGUGCGAAUUAUGCAAAAUAUUCGCACACGCAUUCCUCUUGAUACUUAAUACAUGUAUGCCAAAUUCCAUUGAAAUAUCCAAAGUGGUAUUACAGAUAUAAAAAAUACAAUUUAUUUUUGAACAUUUCAACACCCUGUAUCUGAAAGGUUUUGGUUAAUUUAGUUUAGUUAUUAAAAUUUUUUGUUGUUAAAAUUGCCCCAAAUAUCGCGCCUUAAUUAUUGACGUUCGAUUAGAAACCACCCUGUAUUUGACAUUCACAAGUUUCGCAAAAGUCCAUUCAAAUUGAAUAGUUUAAUGGACUGAUAUUUCAAUACGAUGAAAGCUCACAGGCGCAUAUCUACAUUAUCAGCGAUUCUCACGUAAAUAUUUGCUCAACUAAGAGGGACGACUACGUAAGCAAAUAAGCUUCCAUAUAAAAAUCAAUGCUACUGAUAAGUUGACGCGAAGUACACCUUCGUUAGUAAAAUAUUGACACACGGUGGCCCGAACUAAAAAAAAUAAAUGUAAAGAAGUUUCUUGAGCACAGUCGACAUGAAUGACACGUACGACGAUGACUAUGACGGGUUCAAUAUCAGCGGUCAAGAUAUUGAAUAUAUGGGAGGGAUUGAUUACCAAAGCGAGGUGUUCCCGAACACUAUUUGGUACACUAAAGGCCCCCAUGAACUGAUUAUAUUUUUGGCUACGUUUUUACCGGUCGUUUCUAUAGGACUGACAGGAAACAUAUUGGUGAUAUAUGUGUUAGCAACCGACAGGCAUUGCAGAAACCCGACCAAUCUUCUAAUCGGUAACAUGGCGGUGGCAGACAUGUUCUCGUUAGUAUUGCAUCCGUGGGUGAUUUUCGUAUACAACUACUUCCAAAAUUACCAGCUCGGACCCGUGGGAUGCAAGGGAGAGGGGGCGUUAGAAUGCACCAUCCUGAUUGCGAGUGUCAUAAGCAUGUCUGCCAUCACUUACGACAGACUUACGGCUAUCGUGUUGCCGAAUGAAACCCGCAUCAACAAAAGCCGAGCCAAAGUAAUUAUGGCCCUGACCUGGUUAAUAGGCCUUACACUUUCGAUACCUUUAAUAAUUUACAGAACAUAUAAGGAACGCAUAUGGCUAAAUUUUGACGAAAAAUACUGCAACGAACACAUCAUAGUGACGAACAUGUACUGGUUCGUGAUCAUAACAGUACUGGUACUGAUUCCGCUCACCAUCCAGAUCAUAUGCUACACCUCGAUCUUCAUAAAGCUGAACAAAUACGAAAAAAUCAUAGCGAAAUCGUUUCAAUUCCACCAGUUGGGUUACAAGCGGAGCGCUGCCAAAAUGAUUUUCAUAGUGAUAGUGACAUUCAUGGUAUGCCGUAUUCCGUAUAUGGCUUACAUCUUCUACCGCCAUCGGCAAGUGAAAGGAUCAUCGUCCGGUACAAUAUCCGACGUUAAAAACCAGGCAAAUGGUUUAUAUCACACAUUAUGGUACGCAUCCAAAUAUCUCCUGAUUGCCAACGCGGCCGUCAAUCCGCUCAUCUACGGCGUGACAAAUUUGGCGUUUCGGAACGCGUUUCGAAGAACUAGGCUGUUCAAGUGUCUUCUGUCGGAACGCGCGAAAACGUUCCAAAAAAAACAGAAAUCGGCCCGAAUCCAUAAUGGCGUCAAAACCGGCAACAUAUUUCACAUACUGAGGAAACGACGUAACCCCGACGCAUCGAAAAUAGUCGCGCACCCCCAAAGUUACCAGACGAAACUAUAAACGUACGAGGUGUGUUCAAUAAGUAAGGUGACUUUUAAGUUUUAUCAAAAAUUAUUUAUUUCCGGCGAUUUUUUCUUUAUCUCCUUAAUCGUUCCAAACCUCCUGUCUUUCAUGAAUUUCUUGAGUUUUGGGAACAGGAAAAAGUCGCAGGGGGUCAAAUCCGGUGAACAUGGUGGCCGAGGCAUGAUUGUCGUUUUGUUUUUGGCCAAAAAGUUGGAUAUAAGCAACGAUAAGUGAGCAUAACUUUAACGUAAUACUCUUUGUUGACCUUAUGACCUUGUGGUAAGACCUCUUGAUGUACUACGCUACGAUAAUCAAAGAAAAAAGUAACCAUUUGUUUCACUUCUUCAACGCUUUCAUCAGUUAUACGUGUUCGGCCAUCUUGGAACAGCUUGUACCACUUAUUAACUUUUUUUUUGUCAAAGUAGUUUCGCCAUACACCGUUGUCAUCCUUUCAAGUGUUUUGCAGAUAUUUGAAAUUUGAAAUAUCGGGAUUAAAACCGGCAUUAUUAAUCAAAAAUUUAAUAGUUAUAUUUUGACUCACCUCAGUUGUUAUAUUCACUUGUUAACAAAUAAUAUAUGAAAUCCCAUAAAUAUUGUUCUGAAAUAAGUAGAUAUUAUUUAUUUUAUUACACAGAGAGUAGGAGUAUAUAAAUACAAAAAAAAACGAGAACUUUAUUAAAGUAUAGAAAGCCAAAAAACAAAAAACAUUAAAAGAUAUAUAAAGAAAUUAAAUUUUAAUACCAAGAAAUUGUUUAUCUUAAAAAAAAUUCUUAUUAAUAAUUAAUAUUAUUUUAGAUUUAUAUUGUGCAUAAAUUCGAUUUUUAUCAACUAAUGUAAUACCAAAAUACCGGCAUUUUUACAUAAAUAACGGUUUUUAAUAACGGACAAAAAUCGUCCCGUAUUUGCAACGCCGUGUUCAAUUUUUUAGAUGAAAUUUUAUGCAAUUUUUUUUUGUAACAGCACAAAAUCACCGAGCACAUACUAACGCUUCCGUCUCACAAAAAAAAAGUAAACAUACGUUUGGGGCAUGCAUACCGACAUAACAAAAACGGUCACUUUACUUUGUGAACACACCUCGUAUGUCGGAGAUGUGUCAUUUUGACUGUCGAACG